AUGAGUGAUGACCAUGACCUCCUACUUUUUACUCAUAAUCAUACGCAUAAUAAUGGAUUUUCUCUAAUUAAAGUCAAUGAAGAAUUCCUAGCGUUAGCAUUUUUCAAUCGGAAAGGUGGAAGAAAAAAAAAAUCUAUUGAUGUUCCUAGUACAUAUCGAAUCGAACUUAAACCCAGUCAUAUGAUGAAAGAUAUUAAAUUGGAAAAAAGGAAAGAAAAUAAUGAAAUGUAUAAUCUUUUUGUAAUUCCAAGAGAAUCAGAAGCCUGUAAUAUUUAUUACAAAGCUGGAACUUAUGAAGAAAAACUUUUAGUUGAAAUAGAAGUUCAUAAUUUUUUCGAAACGUUAAACGAUUAA